AUGGAAGGGAGAGACAUUUUCAUCUGUGGAAAUUCACAGAAAAUCAUUAUUUCCGAUUUUGUCGAUACAACAAUUUUACUUGUUAAACCACAGACUAAAAUGACUGCAAAUCACCACAUACUCGACUUCCCAAACGGCGCAAUAAAGGAAAAGAUAGUUACCGCACUCAUCACUAACGAUUUGAAAUUCAUAAUCAUCGGGUUCAGUGAUGGAGUCAUUCGGCUGUAUAAAUACUCAGAUUAUUCCUUUGUGAAAGAGGCAAAAGGGAUACACACAAGCACCAUCAGAUCUAUGACACUUCACCCGAUCCACAAAAAUGUAUUGGCUACUGUUGCCGAAGAUGGACAACUUAUUUUGUGGCGUAUUGAUACACUAACCCCUUUCCUUUAUUUCACCCGAGACGAUUACCACGACAAGAAUUUGAGGAGUUUGGUGCUUACUGAAGUGGAAUUUAGUAUGGACGGUAAUUAUAUCUGUAUUUCAGACGACUUUGGCAGCUUUUCAUUGUUUGGGAUAGGACCAAACUUGGCAACCUCUUACCAAUUCACACCACCGCAGCAAUUUUUCCAAUUCGAUUACGGAAAGUUGGUGUAUGAUUCACAAGGAAAUUGUAUUGAUGAGGAACAACAUGUCGAUCCAAAUACAAUCCGCGGACAAGUGACCGACUUUUCGUUGAUGCCAUAUUCUUCCCUCACCCAGAUCGUUAAAACCACAAACAGAAAUAUCCUCCAGUGCAGCGAAAAUCGAUACACCCCAGAGACGUACAAAUACAGAAAUCGACCAGAGGAAUUUUCCCUUGUGAAUAUUAGAGAUUUUGUGGCACCAGUCGAACCACAACCAGUUGCUAUGAUGGAAGAUACUCCAGGCGAGGCCGAGGACGACGACGUCUUCUCUGAAAUGGAAGAUGAGGUUGAACCAAUCCCACAACAAACACAUCUGACAAGAAACGCAGCAAAUCGAAUGGGCAUCACUCCUAUGAUUGAAGAACCACAACCAAUGAUCAGGCAAAGUACAAUCAUCAACGACGAGUCUGAGUUACUCAAUUCUGGGAAUACACUCGAUACAUCACUUUCUUCUUCUGAAGACUCUCUUUUGUCUUCUGAUGAUGACAGCUCCGAAGAGAAUGUACAGCAACCACAUCAGGAUGAACACAAUGAUGAACACAUGGAGGAGCUGACUUCUUCUGAAAACAAUGAAGAAGAACUCUUGGAAGAAAAUAACGAACAAAUGAUUGAAGAGAACUUGGAAGAGAAUUUGGAGGAGAGCAAUGAGUCUGGUGCAACGUCCGAUUUUAUGGAUUUACUGAAAGGAACAAUGACAUCAUACCCAAAUUGGAUCCAUCGAGUCUACAGUGAGUAUGACAUGACGUGUGCAAAGAAACACAAGACGUAUUUUCCAAAUGUGGGAGACCAAGUCUACUAUUUUACGGCGUAUCAUGCACAAUACUUGGUUGAAAAUCCAAAUAAUAUAACUGGGUCCGACAACACAUUGUUUGUGAAUAAAAUUGAAACGAUUGAAGGAUGCAUUUCAUUUGUAAGGACGUAUUACGACGAGGUGUCGAAUGAGUUGUAUGUGUCGAUUGACAUCACAAUGAAAAACUCACGGAGCAGCAUUGACAAUAUUGUUUUCACUGCAUCGAAAACACCAUUCAUCUUUUUGGUGGAUGCGUUUAGAUAUAACGUGGAAUAUGUGAAAACUCAAAAAAGAGUUUACUACGAGGGUACGUCCUAUCGUGUUGAUAUCGAAAAUUCUAAUUUUUACGCGAUGGAGGGGGUUAAACUGGUGUCAUCAAGCAGCAACGUUAAUGUGAGUCUCGACGAUAUUGACACGGACUACAAAUAUCAUAGAGACGUCGAAAACUUUCCUGAUACUGUUAAGGAUAUGUUGGUCGACAAACUGAAAGAAGUGAUAAAGAACCCAACGUAUGAGAUCUUUAGUUCUCCAGUUGAUACGAGACGGUUCCCAUCAUACAUACUUGUGUGUCCAUUUCCAAUAGACUUGAUGACUAUAUUGAGACGAGUCGAGAAGGGAGAGUACUACCACACAUACGCACAAGUUGAAUGGGAAUUCUUUAAGUUAGUGAGAAAUGCAGUCAACUUCAAUUUGUGUGAUAGUGUCAUUGGACAACAGGCUAUUCAGCUUGCGGUCGAGUUCAAACAAGUCUUUAUGAGGUGCAGAGAAUUUGUCAGUUGGGGUUUCUUUGUGGACUUGGAGACUCAAAUAAAAAGUUUUUCUAUUCCACAAGAGCCACCAACAAAGAAGAAAGAAAAAAAAGAAAAGAAAGAAAAACGAGAGAGGAAAGGUGACAACGAAAGCGAAGAAACUCCACCAAAAAAGAAAAAGGGGAAACCAUUAAAAUAUUUUGAAGACCAAAUUGCUGGAAAGGGCAACGUGUUGUUGGACGAAGACGGAGAAGACGACAACCAAUUGUAUGUACCCGAAGAUGAGAUCCAACAACCUGUUAUAAGUUCGUCGAAAAGAAGAAAGACGAGAAGUAUGAAUAACGCGCCAAUGGAAGAAGUCCCACUCGAAUUGACACAACCCACGUAUCAAACGCAACAACCUGAAGUCGAAGAAGACGGGAACGACGUGGAAAAUGUUAAAUUGUUAUUUGAAGCAGAGAGCGAACUGAGCGAAAACAUCGAGUCGAGUGAAGACCACAGAAUUGAGCAAGAAGAAAAGGACGUGAAAGAUGAAAAAGAGAGCGACAAUGAACUUGAGAAACGGAUUGAAGACGCAGAGGAAUCUUCCGAGGCGUAUGUUGAUAUGAACAAUGUGUUAGCUGAUGGAGUCAAGAGGCGGAAGACGCGGAGUUCGACACGAAAAAUGGAAGAGAUUAAAAAUGAGGAGGAGAGCAAUGAGCCAAUUGCAAACGUUGAGAAGAUUGAAAAAAUAGAAAAACUUCCUAAAGCAGAGAAAACGACCAAAAAAGACGCACACCCACAGCCAAAGAAGAAAAAAAAGAAACGUAUUUGUUACUAUGCACCACACAAAUCGGAGAAGAAGCAGAGAAAAGAAAAAACAGAAAAAAUGGAAGUUGAGGAUAACUUGAAUGAAAGCUUUAAUGAAUUACAAGACGAAGAUUCUGAAAGCGAGUUGUAUCCAAAAAGAAGAAAAGCUAAUGUUCAAGAAUUUGAAGAGGAAGACGCUAAUAAUCCGGUUUAUAUGAAGCGGACACGUCGGUCCAGAAAUAAUUAA